AAGGAAACGGCACCCCACUCCAGCAUUCCUGCCUGGGAAAUCUCAUGGGCAGAGGAGCCCGGCGGGCUACAGUCGACCGGGUCGCAAAGAAUCGGACACGACUUAUCGACUAUAAACAACGAAUGUUCACUUGGCCUGCUCUGAUACCUAUUAGCCGUUCCCAUUCUGCUUCUGUGGGACAGAAGCAACGACGGGCAAGGAAUGAUGCCCUUAGAGCAAAGAUCAGCUGUCAGGCCAGCCACGAGGACCGAGGGUCGCCGGAACCGGGUUUUUCCCCGCGACCCCCCGCCGACCCGGGGCGGAGCACCUGCGGGCUGCAGAAGGGGCGGAGCACGUUGCGGGCGAGGCUCUGGAGGCGGGGCCGGGGGACUCGGGGGCCGGCCUCCCGGGAGCGGUGGCGACGACCUCAGCGGACGCCGGUCGGGAACGCAGGCUCGGUGGGCCGCCGGGAGGGAGCGAGCCAGCGCUCCAGGGAGGGAACUGCUGACCGGUCACCGGCUGUGGGCACGAUGCGACCCGGAGAGGAGCGGCCGGUGGAAGGGGGUGCCUGCGCCAGCGUCUCCGAUCUGGAGCUGCUGAAGCUGCGCGCUGCGGAGUGCAUCGACGCGGCGGCCGAGCGCCUGGGGGCCCUGAGCCGCGCCAUCUGGAGCGAGCCCGAGCUGGCCUACGAAGAGCAUCAGGCCCACGGCGUGCUGACGCGCUUCUUCCAGAGCGAGACCCCGGCCGGGUCGUGGGCGGUGCAGCCGCACUACCAGCUGGCCACGGCCUUCCGCGCCGAGUGGGGGUCGCCGGGGGGCUGGGCGGCGCCGCGCCCGCUGCACCUGGGCUUUCUCUGCGAGUACGACGCGCUGCCCGGCAUCGGGCACGCCUGCGGCCACAACCUGAUCGCCGAGGUCGGGGCGGCGGCCGCCCUGGGCGUGAAGGGGGCCCUGGAGAGCCUCGCCGGACUGCCUCUGCCGGUGAAGGUGAUUGUCCUGGGAACCCCUGCAGAAGAAGAUGGUGGUGGCAAAAUUGAUUUAAUUGAAGCCGGGGCUUUCAAAAAUCUUGAUGUUGUUUUUAUGGCCCAUCCAUCUCAAGAGAAUGCCGCUUAUCUACCUGACGUUGCUGAACAUGAUGAUACAGAAAAAGUCAUUCCUGAUGAUGUUCUGUCUCCUAGUGUGACUGUGAAGUACUACGGUAAGGCGUCUCAUGCCGCCGCUUAUCCCUGGGAAGGGCUGAAUGCAUUGGAUGCUGCCGUCCUCGCUUACAACAAUCUGUCCGUGUUAAGACAGCAGCUGAAGCCCGCCUGGAGAGUUCAUGGUAUAAUAAAAAAUGGUGGUGUAAAACCCAAUAUCAUUCCCUCUUAUUCUGAGUUAAUCUAUUACUUCCGUGCACCCUCAAUGAAAGAGCUUCCAGUUUUGACCAAAAAGGCAGAAGAUUGCUUCAGAGCUGCAGCUUUGGCCACUGGGUGCACAGUGGAAAUUGACGGUGGAGCACAUGAUUAUUACAAUGUUCUUCCCAAUAAGAGUCUGUGGAAAGCUUAUGUGGAAAACGGAAAAAAGCUAGGAAUAGACUUCAUUUCAGAAGAUGCCAUGUUCAGUGGCCCUUCAGGAUCUACCGAUUUUGGAAAUGUUUCUUUUGUGGUUCCCGGGAUUCAUCCGUAUUUUUACAUUGGAUCUAAUGCCUUGAAUCAUACAGAACAGUACACUGAAGCUGCAGGAUCACAGGAAGCUCAGUUCUACACUUUGAGAACAGCCAAAGCUCUGGCAAUGACUGCACUGGAUGUUAUUUUUAAACCAGAGUUGCUGGAAAGAAUCAGAGAGGACUUCAAAUUGAAACUUCAAGAAGAAGAGUUUUAAAUGCAGUAGAAUAAAAGGAGGGUUUAGGAGCUACUGACAGAUCAUUCAGAAGAAGUGAUGAUUUUUCUCCUGUAAUCUUUUUUAAUGAGCGAGGAGGGCAUGGCUUGUUUUUCAGUCUUAAAGGAGUCAAAUUCCUCUUACCUGAAAAGUGAGGACACGAUGUGGAAAAAACAUAUUACCUCACCUCAUAUCUAGAGUGAAAAUUUCACAAAUCUGUGGCUGAUGAAAUUGUGACCUUUCAGAGCUGGCAUUUCAUAAACAACCUGGAUGACACAUGGUUUAUCAGUGAUAAUAUUUUAUAAAGCCAUAUGUUGUGUGAGUGUAUUUUAAAAGAUCCAAGAGAUUUCAGGCCUUAUAUUCAUAAUGGGCACAUGAAAGAUAUUUUUGGUAUUGGUAACACUGUUCUAUAAAGUUUUUUAAAAAUUCCCGUUCUAAAUUUAUGGAAGAUUCAUUUGGAAUAUCUGUAUCUGUUUUGGUCUAGAGACUCUCUUCAUUGAUAAUAAAAGUAGGCUUUUAAUCAGAAAUGCUGUGGGAAAUAACUAGAAACUCAGGUGCAAAGAAUGAGCUUAAGUUACCGUUUGAAAGACAAUGAAAGUGUUCUUUUUUGUAUAUAACUUACUCUGAGGAGUGGCAUUGAAGUGCUAUUUCUCAUUCCAUAUUAUUGUAAUAGGGAAAAUGGUAGCUGGAUAGGAUUAGGCUCUUCCUGUAAGGUUUUGGCUUGGUGGCCCCAUGUGUCCUAGAGGAAUAUGGUGAGAGGAGUGAUGUCUGCUUAUCUUGAAUGUUAAUGUCAUGGAACUGGUCCCCUCUACCUAGCAGCCCUGUUCAGGCUUCUCCUCAGAAGCUAGCCUGUCUAGCCUGAGUAAACUCGGUAGUUUAUUAAAUUUAGGGGACAGAAUUCUAAGCCUCCUUAAGCCCCAUGCUAGUAUAAACUAAGAAGUAUUAUAUUAGUUUUUCCUGGUGUGACUUUCUUUAUCAUGAUAAAAGAAUGUGAAAAGUAUCCAGUAAAACAAAUAUAUUAAGCUGUGAAUAUAGUAAAGGUCCAGGAGUCUUUAUUUUAAAGGGAGUCCUCAAAUUUGAGCCAUAAGCAUUCCAAAAAUGGAAGGGGGAAAGAGAGCAAAGUGAGCAUUUGGUCUCAGCUGUAAGCAAGUCAGCUUGUGUGCUCUGAGACUUCCGCUUCUCAUUUGGAAAGUUAGAUUUGAUCCCUUAUCCUUAUAGUCUUUUAAACCUCUAUUACCUCUUCUAUCUGAAGUUAUUUAAAGUUAAAAGAAAGAGAGGGGAAUUUGAGAGGAGAGUUAGUAUUUGAGAAUUGCUUUCCUUCUGUAUCUGCCGUCUGCAGACUGGCCUGAUUUGGCAAGCAGCCUGAUUGUUUAUGGCUAGCGUGCUGAAAGUGAGCUGUUCUUUUUUAAGGGGCACAGGAAGAAAGAGCAUCAGACAGCAAAUUGUGUGACCUGCAACACCUAAGACAUUUACUGUCCACCCCUUUGUAAGAUAAAGUUUGCCUGUCCAUCCUGUGUAACAUAAAAACUGGCUCUCUUUGACUUACAUCAUAUAAUCAGAUCUUAUCCUGGAAGAAAACUUCAGACCUCUGAAUUGAAAACAGUGAGAAAGGGACUUAGACAGCAGUGCCCAUAACGCGUCAGUGGUCUGUCCUCACUGGGGGUUCUGGCUCUUUUGAAGUUUGCUUUCUUUUAGUAUCCAGCCUUAAGGCUGUCCCCUGUGCAGGCCACUCUUCUUACUCUGUAUCAGCUUUUAGAACUCGAUCCUCCAUGACAUUCUCUGUCUCAUUUUUUAAAAUUAAAGUAGAUCCCUGGGUCCGGAAGACCCCCUGGAGAAGGGAAUGGCUACCCAAUCCAGUAUCCUUGCCUGGAGAAUUCCAUUUCCCCCAGAUCUCACCCUGACAUUUUAUGUUAAGUUAUUUAGUAUAAUUCAGACUUUAUUCUUUAUAAUUCAGACUUUUAAAAUCCCCUCUUCGUUUUUAUUUACUAGUGAGUUAACUGAGCCAUAUUACAUUAAAUGUUUAUACUUAGCUUAAAUUAUCAUUGUGUUGAUUGGGCCUCACAUUUUAGAUUAAAUCUCCAAAGAUUAUUUGGAGGAUAAAUGGAGAACCACUCAAUUACAGGAGAACAGUGUCACUUCUAGAUAAAAAGGGUUAUAUAUAUAUGUAUAUACAUAUACUCUAUAUAUGUAAAUGAUGAAUAUUUUUAGGAGGUUGACACAUGAAUAAGACUUUUUCAAAAUGGAAUUUUGUGCCUUGAUUUUGAGAAAAGGGGCGACUGGCUUUUUCUCCCAGAAUCAGUUUGAAUAAGGACACUUGACUGUCUCUUAGAUUCGGUGAUUGCAUGUUACUCCUCUGCCUGAUUAUGUGUUCUUUGAAGCCGCUGUCUUUUCUGUAUGCUUAAUUUCCUUUAAGUGCAUUAAAACCUGACUCAUUUGAAAGAAAAAACAGGCCAAGCUGAGUUAGUAUAAAGUUUAAAAUAAUUUGACUUUUAAAAUAGUGAAUUAACUUCUAACCUAAACUAGAGACAUAAGUGGACCUGCUUGAGUAUCUUGGUUUUUAUGGAAAAAGGGUUUAUUACAUGGUUUUUUGUUUCUUUUUAAACUGUCACUGUUCACAGGCUGAACUGAAAGCCUUUUCCUCAAAUACCAACUUUUGGCUAUUUUUCUUAAAUUAAUAGACCUAAAUUAUAUAAUCCAGAUUAAUGGGUUAAAUUUAAUAACAGAUUGAACAUGUUUUUUCAUUUGUGGCUUAAUUUUAAAAGCAGGCCUGACUGAAUAUGGGACCUGGAUAAAACGAUUAUGUGGUACUACUCACUACUAAGUUGCUAUCUACUAUAUAAUGAUUAAGUGUUGCUAAUAUUUAGCUAGCCUCUUAAAAUUCUUAGAUUCUAUUAGUUUUAAAAACUACUCAUAUUUUAUGAAUUAUUCAGGAAUUUUCCCUUUUUAAUUGCUUCUUCCUGUAACACUCAUUAGGGCUGGGACAUUUAGGUUAAAUUAGAACAUUCUCAUGUGUUCAUGAAUACUUGUAUAAACUGGAAGUGUUUUGGUUUC